CAACCAUUUGAGAUCAUCCACCGCUUCGAAAGUGUGGGAGAAGAGGAGGGAGGCGCAGAAUAGAUUAGAGACUGAAGUUUUAGGCUUCAGUUUUUAUAUUUCCAAAUUGCCCCAAAGAUUUCAAGAUAUCAAAAACUUCCUCAAAAUAAUUCAACCCGUGCUGGAGGUGUAUCCAACCCAUUGACAGGUGUCUUGACCUUGUCCAACCCGUGUCAGGGGCGUAUCGUCGGCGUGUCGAAGUGUCACUUCUGUGCUUAGAGCUGAUUGCUUGGAACACUUCAGAUUUGCGUUGAGCAGCCAAAUGGCCCGGGCUUCUGCUCCUGCAGUUUUUCCAUGGAAAUACCAUGUGUUUCUGAGUUUCAGAGGUGAAGACACCCGCCGGGGUUUUACAGAUCAUUUAUACAAACAGUUGGAGGCGCGAGGAAUCAAGACUUUCAGGGACGAACCAGAACUUGAACGAGGGACAGAUAUCAAUCCAGAGCUCCUGAAGGCAAUUGAGCAAUCAAGGUCUGCAAUCAUAGUUCUUUCGACAAACUUUGCUUCUUCAAGUUGGUGUUUGCGAGAACUUACUCAUAUUGUUCGUUGCAAGGAAGAGAAAAAGAGAAUUUUUCCCAUUUUUUAUGGCGUGGAACCUUCUGAUGUACGCCAUCAACGAGGGAGUUUUGGCGAAGCCUUUGCAGAGCAUGAAGUAAAUUAUCAAGAACACAUGGAGGAGGUAAAUGAGUGGAGAAAGUCGUUAGAAAGGGUGGCUAAUCUCGCUGGGUGGAAUUCAAAGGAUUGUAGGUAUGAUACAGAGCUUAUCCAACGAAUCGUCAAUACACUAUGGCAGGAAGUGCAUCCUACGUUUUCAAUGUUAGAUUCCUCAGAGAGGUUUGUCGGAAUCGAUUCUAAACUGAAGGAAAUAGAUUUGCUUUUAGAUACAGAUGCAAAUGAUGUUCGCUUUAUAGGGAUAUGGGGGAUGGGUGGAGUGGGUAAGACAACCCUAGCUAGAUUAGUUUACGAUAGAAUUUCUCAUGAUUUUGAACGUAGCAGCUUUCUUGCUAAUGUUAGAGAGGUGUGCUCUAAGGAUGGUAUAGUUCAUCUACAAAAGCAGCUUCUUUAUGAUAUCUUAGGGGACAAUGACAUACAAGUUUGGAAUGCUUAUAGUGGAAUCACUAGGAUAAGUAGGUGUUUAUUUAAAAAGGUUCUUCUCAUACUCGAUGAUGUGGAUCAAUCAGACCAACUGGAAAAGUUGGUCAAACAAAAAGAGUGGUUUGGUUUUGGGAGUAGAAUUGUCAUUACAACUAGAAAUGAACGUUUGUUAGUCGAACAUGGUAUAGAGAAGGCAUAUGAGGUUAAGCCAUUAACCCCAGACGAAGCUCUUUUUCUCUUUAGUUGGAAAGCCUUUAAAGAUGAUGAGUUGGAAGAAGAUUUUUUAAAAUUGUCUAAAUGUUUCAUCAGUUAUGCAAGUGGUCUUCCAUUAGCUCUUAAAACUUUAGGGUCUUCUUUGUACAAAAGAGGUCGAGCUGAAUGGAAGAGUGCACUAGAUAAACUGAAGCAAGCUCCUGAUGGGAAAAUUUUUGAAACAUUGAAAAUAAGUUAUGAUGGACUAGAUGAGUUUGAGAAGAGAAUCUUCCUUGACAUUGCAUGUUUCCAUAAGUCUUGUGAAAAGGAGCGAGUAAUUGAAGGACUAGAAAACGGUGGCUUUGUUGGCGCUCGCAUUGUGAUCGAUGUUCUUAUUGAGAAAUCUCUCUUGUAUAUUUCAUACGAGUAUAUUUCAUACGAGUCUGUGUCUAUGCAUGAUUUGAUUCAAGAAAUGGCAUGGGAGAUUGUUCGACAAGAGUCUUAUGAGGAGCCAGGUGGUCGUAGUCGGUUGUGGCUUCAUAAUGAUAUCCUGCACGUGCUCGCAAAGAAUACGGGAUCAGAGGCAAUUGAAGCCAUAGUCUUACGCUUGAGUAAAUUUGAAGGGGCACACUGGAAUCCUGAAGCAUUCACUAAGAUGUGUAAGCUGAGGUUGCUCGACAUUCAUAAUGUGAGCCUUUCUAAGGGCCCCAAGUAUCUUCCGAAUGCUUUAAGAGUUCUCAAAUGGAGCUGGUAUCCCUCCAAAUGUCUACCACCAACUUUUCAACCGGAUGAACUUACAAUACUUAGUCUGCAGCAUAGCAAAAUUGAUCACCUUUGGGAUGGAAUAAAGCGCUUGGGCAAGUUGAAGUCUAUCGAUCUUAGUUACUCCCACAACUUGACAAGGACCCCAGAUUUCACAGGUAUUCAAAAUCUCGAGAAGCUGGUUCUUGAAGGUUGUACAAAUUUAGUUAAGAUUCAUUCAUCCAUUGCGUUUCUCAAGAGGCUUAGACUUUUAAAUCUUAAAGACUGUAAAAGUAUGAAGAGUCUCCCAAACAAGGUAGAAAUGGAAUUUCUUGAAGUAUUUGAUAUUUCUGGCUGCUCAAAACUGAAAAAGAUUCCAGAAUUUGUUGGAGAAAUGAAAAAUUUCUCUAAGCUUUCUUUAAGCGGAACUGGCGUUCAGGAAAUACCUUCCUCAGUUAUACGUAGGAGUUUGGAGGAGAUUGAUUUGAGUGGAAUUGCUUUGAGAGAGACGGAAUCCUCCCUGGUUUCAGUGAAAAAUUUGGUACCAUCAAAGUUUCUUGGAUGCAAUGCACCACCAGCUAGAUCAUGGCGUUCCUUCUUCACUUUUAGCGAAUUUCCAGCAAAGAUUUCUCACCCUGCGAGUGUGGUCUUAGCUUCGUUGAAAGAUUUAUGCUUUCUGAAGGAAUUAAAUCUGGAGGACUGCAAUCUUUGUGAAGGAGCAAUUCCUGAUGAUAUUGGUUUCUUGUCCUCUUUAGAAACACUAAAUCUUAGCGGAAACCAUAUGGUUAGCCUUCCUGCAAGCAUCGGUGGGCUUUCUAAGCUGAGGGAUUUAAAUCUGGAGAACUGCAAUCUUUGUGAAGGAGCAAUUCCCGAUGAUAUUGGUUUCUUGUCCUCGUUAGGAAUUCUAAAUCUUAGCGGAAACCAUUUUAUUAGCCUUCCUACAAGCAUCAGUGGGCUUUUUAAGCUGGGGUACUUUAGUUUGCGAAAUUGCAAAGGGCUUCAACAACUGCCUGCCAUUCCAUUAAGCAGCCAUUUAUGUAUAAACACGGAGAAUUGUACUUCCUUGAAAAUGCUCCCAUAUUUACCCCUUGCUUGCAGUUUAAGGAGUUUUUCGUUGCGAUCUGUCAAUUGCUUCAGUUUGGCUGGAAAUCAAGGUUGCAAUGCCAUAAUGUAUUUAAUGCUAAAGAGAUUCAUUCAGGAGUAUCAGUUGCCGGAAACCCCUCAUAUUGAGGAAUAUUCCAGUAUGGUAAUUCCUGGAAGUGAAAUUCCUGAGUGGUUCGAUAACCAAAGCAUGGGAGAUUCGGUGAUUGAGAAGCUACCUUCGCACUCAUGCAAUAGCAAGGUGGUGGGGUUUGCUUUAUGCGCUUUAUUUGCACCUGCUCAAAAUAUUUCAGCUCCCAAUCAUGGACUAAAAUGGCUUUCAGGACAUGAUUGGCAAGAAAUUUCAUGUUGUCUGAGUUUUGGUUCAAACACCUUUCAAGCCAGUCAUAGUUUGUGUGGCUUUGGAGUUCGGAUUAACGAGGUAGCGUCAGAUCACCUUUGGUUGGUAUUUCUAUCUCGUAAAUUCCUUUUCCAACGUCAGACCAAUAGUAGGGAGGAGAAAUGUUGGGAUCAUAUUCGGUUUCGUUUCGAAACAACAGAUCCUGUCGGAAGCAAGACAUGCUCGAAGGUGAAGAAGUGCGGAGUCCUUCCAGUGUAUGAACAAGAUACAGAAGAAGAGCUCAACCGAACGAUGAAACAAUAUUCCAACAGAAGCAUUUCUUUGUGUGAGGAUAUUACCAAUUGUGAUUUUGAGGAAUAAAAAACUGUACAAUAAGACAUGAUUAUGCGAACAUGUGAACAAUACAGUAAUGAAGCAGGACCCAGUGAAAGUGGAAGUUCCUCCAAAAGAGAAGCACGAUUUUCUCUUGAUGACUUGCACGAUUUUCUAAAUGAAACAUCUUCAUGUACCUAGUCUAUAUACAUAUAGACAUACUUGGAUAUGGAGGAGGUAGCAACCAUACCCUGAAUACAUCCAAGGCUAGUGAAAGGCUUAACUUAUUUGUCAGUCAGUUCUUUGCUCAAAUUUCUCUUAUUUUAUGUACAUGAACCUGGACCCAUGCACUUGUACUCUUUGUAGGCCACAUUUCUGCAAUUUCAAAUUUUAUUAUUAA